AUGAUCAGAUCUCCGUUUCGUCUCAUUUUACUUGGUGAUAUAAUGAUUGGUCGUCUUGUCGAUCAAAUAUUUGCAAAACAUGUUGAUAAUCGCGAAGAAUAUGAACAUGCAUGUAUGCUGUUAAAACGUGCUUGCGUUCAGCCACCUGUCUCUUACUCCUACAUUUGGGGAAAUACUCUCGACUAUUUUCAUCCAGCUUACUCCGACUUACGUAUUGGUAACCUGGAAACAUCCGUGACACAUUCAAAUAUAAAAUGGCCACAAAAAGCAUUUAAUUAUCGUUGUGCACCAGAAAAUCUACAAACUCUUAAAGAGAUCAAUUUAGACUAUGUAUGCUUAGCAAAUAAUCACACUCUCGACUAUUCACAGCAAGGAAUGAAUGAUACAAUGAAUGCAUUGAAUACAUAUCAAAUUCCCUUUGCAGGUGUUGGUAAAAAUCUGUCUGAGGCUCGUCGACCAGCAAUACUGCAUCGUAAUAAUACGACAAUCGGGUUAUUUAGUUUUGCUGAUCAUUACUCAUAUUGGGCUGCUCAACCCACCAUGCCCGGCAUCAAUUAUAUUAAUGUUGAACAAUUAACUCCUAAUGAUCGUUUGCAAAUCAAAGAAUAUAUAUCUGAUUAUCAACUGAAAAACAAAAUCAGUUUAACAAUCGUUUCACUCCAUUGGGGAUCAAAUUAUCAAUGGUCACCACCUGUUGCAUUUCAGUUAUUUGCUCAUUGGCUCAUUGACGAGUGUCAUGUCGACAUUAUUCAUGGUCACUCUUCACAUCAUGUACAAGGAAUUGAAAUUUAUAAGGGCAAACCAAUUAUUUACGGAUGUGGAGAUUUUAUCGAUGACUAUGCAAUUGACAAAGAGUAUCGAAAUGAUUUAAGUUUUAUCUAUUUAAUCGAUAUGGAUAUGGACGAGCGAAAAGUGACUAAGAUUGAACUAAUUCCAACUCGAUGUACAAAUAUGCAAGUGAAUGAAUUGACUAGAAAUGAUCAAGAUUACGAAUGGUUAUUCUCAACAUUGGCAAGACUCUCGGCACCAUUCGGGAUAAACGUUCAAAAAAUAAAUAAUAAUAAUCAUUUUAUUAUACAGUCUUGA